AUGCAGGCAGGGGGGUAUUUGGCGGACGCUGCUGCAGGAGUGGGACGGGCGCAGGGGAAAGGGGGGGCUGGGGGGGGGAAAGGGGCGCCUGGCGGGGGGAAAGGCGGAGGUGGGGACCCUUGGGUGGGUGCAGGAGCAGAUGAAGGCAGUGGCGGACAGGCUGGCGAGCAUGGCAUCACUCAAAGCGGUGAGAGGGGAGGUGGUGAGGGUGAUGUGAAAGCAGUGCACUUGAAACCGAUCACACAGAAGCGGCAGUCACUACCCAUCAUGGCGUAUCGGGAGGAGAUCACGCGGGCGAUAGAGCGGCACCAAGUGGUGCUGAUAGUGGGGGAGACGGGGUGUGGCAAGACGACGCAGGUGCCUCAGUUUAUUCUGGACCACGAGUGGGGGAAGGGCAGGCGCUGCCGCGUGAUGUGCACCCAACCCAGACGGAUUUCCGCCACCUCUGUGGCGGAGAGGAUAGCAGCGGAGAGAGGGGAAAAGAUCGGGCAAACAGUGGGGUAUCAGAUCCGGCUAGAGUCAAAAGGGAAUCGCUCCUCGUCUCUCUGGCUCUGCACCAAUGGCGUGCUGCUGCGCCGCCUUGUGGGGCUGGGGGCACACUUGCACAGCAGGGAAGGGGGAAGGAGCGCGCAGGGCGGAGGAGGGGGAGGCGGAGGCGGAAUGGGGAGUGGGGAGGGCGGGGGGGGAAGUAUUGUGGAGCCGGGGGUUAGAGAGGCGAUAGCUGCUGCUGUGAAGGGGAUGGCAGAAGCUGUGGAUGGGGAUGGGGAUGGGGAUGGGGAGGAGGGGGAAGGAGUGGGGGGUGCAGAGGGGGAGGAGAAGGGGGGAGUGGGCAGGGAGGUGGAUGCAGAUGUUUUGGCGAAGCUGGAUGCGACUCACAUCAUUGUGGUGAGUGCUGCUGCUCGCACGAGGCAUGGUGAGUGCAUGGAGUUCCCUGAGUUAGGUGCUGCCAUGGCUUUAACUGUUGUGGCAGUGACUGGUGUUGGGAAACGAGAAGGGGGGAGUGGGCGGGGAGGGGGAUGCAGAUGUGCUGGCGAAGCUAGAUGCGACUCACAUCAUCGUG